ACUAAAGAUAUGUUGUUCAGUUUCAGAAGUAUCAUGUACUCUCAGUAAUUCCCAGCAAGUGAGACUCGACUGGACUCUGGAGGGACAAGGCUGUUCCGUCUCCCAGUAUUUCUUAAAGUGGACAACAACCGUAAUUGGGCUGAGAAAGAGAGUGAGAACAGCACAACUCUUGAAGGCACCAGCACCAGUUUAGUGCUUGACAACCUUCCACCUUACUCAAAUAUUUCUGCCUGCAUGAAUGUUGUGAAUGGCCUUAACAACGUCCACUGCUGCUCUGCCACCACCAAGGAGGCUAAGGCUACGGCACCCACCAGCCUCAGGCAGGACAGCAGCACCACAACUGAGGUCACUAUAUCCUGGUCACCGCCUACGCAAAUGAAUGGGAUACUUCAGAACUGGCACAUCUCCUGGUAUCUAAACAAUAUAUUGGUUAAUCAGUCGAAUAUCUCAGCAAUACUCUAUAUAUUUGUUAUCAGUGAUCUACAACCCUCGACUGGUUACGUUGUCAAUGUUAUGGCUCGGAAUGGGGCAGGUAUUGGAACACCAGCAUCUCUUGAUAUUUCCACGGAACCUGACCAACCACCCAAACACAAAACUGGAUUAAUUAUUGGUGUAGUUGUUGGUGCUUUCGCAGGUUUAGUAAUAAUUGUGAUUGGCGGUGUGUGUUUCUACAAGAGGAUGAAAAAAAAAGGAGAUGAUAACCCACCAAUACGAAUGUCUGAUAUGAGCCGCACAAGACCAAUCAAUCGACCACCUGAACCAUCGACGAGAUUUUCAAGCAUAAGUAAUACUCCAUCAGAGUAUGGUUCAAGACCCAGUAUGUACUCUACACAUAGAAAUGAACCACAGCCACCUUAUGCUGACGAGACACGUAUGGUCGAAAGAAAUGGCAAUGUGCCAGCAGUGCAAGGUGCUACGAGAAAUCAGUAUGCACGCUAUAAUGGAAACAAUGCUUCACGAUGGCAAAAUGCAAGGAGAAAUCCUCUAGCUUCUCGUAGAACAAGCAAUGCGUCACUGGAAUAUGAUCCAAGAAGAAACGGGGUUUCUCGUGCAAGAGAGUUGAACGGUGGAGCCAGGACAAACAACGCCCGCUGGCAAAUGCACAAUUGAGAAUAAUAAACAAUCAUCCUCCAAAUACCACAAUAAACGUGAUUCAACUAAUGACUUACCACAAUAAACGUGAGGCUACUAGUGACUUACCACAAUAAAUGUGAGGCUACUAAUGACUUACCACAAUUAACGUGAGGCUACUAAUGACUUACCACAAUAAACGUGAGGCUACUAAUGACUUGCCACAAUUAACGUGAGGCUACUAAUGACUUGCCACAAUAAAAUUGAGGCUACUAAUGACUUACCACAAUAAACGUGAGGCUACUAAUGACUUAUCACAAUAAACGUGAGGCUACUAAUGACUUACCACAAUAAACGUGAGGCUAUUAAUGACUUUCCACAACAAACGUGAGGCUACUGAUGACUUGCCAGCAAACUUGAAGCUACUGAUGACUUACCACAAUAAACUUGAGGCUACUAAUGACUUACCACAAUAAACGUGAGGCUUCUAAUGAUUACCACAAUAAACGUGAGGCUACUAAUGACUUGCCACAAUAAAAUUGAGGCUACUAAUGACUUACCACAAUAAGCGUUAGACUACUAAUGACUUACCACAAUAAACGUGAGGCAACCAAUGACUUACCACAAUAAACGUGAGGCUACUAAUGACUUACCACAAUAAGCAUUAUACUACUAAUGAUUUACCACAAUAAACGUGAGGCUACUAAUGACUUACCACAAUAAACGUGAGGCUACUAAUGACUUACCACAAUUAACCUGAGGCUACUAAUGACUUACCACAAUAAACGUGAGGCUACUGAUGACUUACCACAAAAAACGUGAGGCUACUAAUGACUUACCACAAUUAACGUGAGGCUACUAAUGACUUACCACAAUUAACGUGAGGCUACUGAUGACUUACCACAAUAAACGUGAGGCUACUAAUGACUGGCCACAAUUAACGUGAGGCUACUGAUGACUUACCACAAUAAACGUGAGGCUACUAAUGACUUACCACAAUAAACGUGAGGCUACUAAUGACUUACCACAAUAAACGGUAAGACUACUAAUGACUUACCACAAUUAACAUGAGGCUACUAAUGACUUACCACAAUAAACGUGAGGCUACUAAUGACUUACCACAAUAAACGUGAGGCUACAAAUGACUUACCACAGUAAACCUGAGGCUACAAAUGACUUGCUACAAUAAACGUGAGGCUACUGAUGAAUUACCACAAUAAACGUGAGACAAAAAAUGACUUACCACAGUAAACGUGAGGCUACUAAUGACUUACCACAGUAAACGUGAGGCUACUAAUGACUUACCACAGUAAACGUGAGGCUACUAAUGACUUACCACAAUAAACGUGAGGCUACUAAUGACUUAACACAAUAAAC